GGGCUCCGGGGGCAGGAGCCGAGGGGAGCCCCGCGCCGGCGCCGAGCCUAAAAUGGCCACGCUGCUCCGCAAAAUCGGGCUCAUCCGCCUGCACAACCGGGACACCGAGGACCCCAAGCAUCACCACAACCACCGCGGCGGCGGCGGCGGCGGCCAGCAGAGCGCGUCGCUGCGCGGCAAGGGCGGCGCCAAGAGCGGCGGCCACAAGCCGCAGCAGCAGCAUCCCGCCGGGGGCGCGGGCGACGCCAGCCCCGGGCCCGGCAAGGGCAAGGGCAAGCGCGCGGCGGAGCUGGCCCCGCGCGACAAGCCGCCGCAGCCGGCGGCGGGGGCGGCGGGGGCGGCGAGCGGCGGGGGCCCCCGGGAGCGCGCGGCGGGCGCCAGGGCGGGGCCGGGCCCGGCGGCGGCGGCGGGCGGCAGCCUGGUGCCCGCGGCGCGCCAGCAGCACUGCACGCAGGUGCGCAGCCGGCGGCUCAUGAAGGAGCUGCAGGACAUCGCGCGCCUCAGCGACCGCUUCAUCUCCGUGGAGCUGGUGGACGAGAGCCUCUUCGACUGGAACGUGAAGCUGCACCAGGUGGACAAGGACUCGGUGCUGUGGCAGGACAUGAAGGAGACCAACACCGAGUUCAUCCUGCUCAACCUCACCUUCCCCGACAACUUCCCCUUCUCGCCGCCCUUCAUGCGGGUGCUCAGCCCGCGCCUGGAGAACGGCUACGUGCUGGACGGCGGCGCCAUCUGCAUGGAGCUGCUCACGCCGCGCGGCUGGUCCAGCGCCUACACCGUGGAGGCCGUCAUGCGCCAGUUCGCCGCCAGCCUGGUCAAGGGCCAGGGGCGGAUCUGUAGAAAAGCGGGCAAAUCAAAAAAGUCCUUCAGUCGCAAGGAAGCCGAAGCUACCUUUAAGAGUUUGGUGAAGACUCAUGAAAAAUACGGCUGGGUCACCCCGCCCGUCUCUGAUGGCUGAUGUUUGCAACGUGCAUUAGACGCUUAAGCCGCCUCUGCACACACACAGAUACCCGACAUCUCCUCCUCCACGCUGAGCAUCUUUCAUCCUUUUUCACUCCAGCCGGAACUGAAUCCUGAAUGCCAAGGAGACGUUUAAGUUAUUUAUGACCAGAUGUGUUUACAGAGAGAAAGAGGGAGCCAACGCUGUUUGGGAUUAGGUUUCGAUUAUAAAUGAAUGAUCAUCUCUAAGUCACUUUAGAACAAAUGUCAAGAUGGUGACAUUCCCCAGCCCGCCUGCCCCUCCGCCCGCCCCAUCACUUUGGCCCUUAGCUUCUUUCCAUGACAGCAACUCCGAAGAGCAGGCAGGAGACUCAGUGCCCCACGCUCGACCCGUUUACAUGUAAAAGGCGCCGUUCGUAUGUAACAGGGACGCCCUGCAUCACCAGUACAUGUUUGCUGUGCUCUGUAUCUCUGUUUCUCUCCCUGGCAGGUCAACAUAACUUGAAGACCUGUCUUCCUGUGGCCCCAUGUCAUGACAUGUAGACCUCAUUUGUGCUAUGACCUUUGGCUCAUGAAAACAAAAAUUUAACAUCGCCAGGUUCUAGUGAUUUAAAACAGCAACGGCCCACUUGGUUAAACCGUGCUCCCAACGCUGAUUUUGCAGUGUGUGUGUGUGUUGUCCACAGCUCAGCCCGUGCCCGUGGGUGAAGCCGGGCGUGCUGUGGCCAUGAUGGGGCGCACACGGUGCAGACGCCAGGGGCGCCCUCCCUGGGGCUCAGAGCAACGGUGGUGAGAUGCGGACAGUCUCUGCCGAUAGCCUGAGAUGCUCCUACGACAUUUGUGUUCCUGUCUUCUCUCUGCUGGUCAACCCACCACCAAAAGCAAAAGACAAUGUCCCAUUCACUGAAGUCACCUUACUCAUUUUCUCCUGUGUGCUCGUGACAGGGAAUGCCAGAACUGCCAAAGGAGACCCAGUGACCGUACGAUGAUUUGCAUGGCCCAGUAGUCACUUGUGUGUCCCCGAGGCUGGGAUGCGUGAGCACCCUUGCUAGGAUAUAAACUUCUGUUAUUUAACUCCCCACAAUUUCAUUUUUCUCUUCUGUUAAGUUACUUAGAACUUUCUAAGAAACACCAUGAAAUGAGGAAACACUGUUUAUAAUAAUAUGCGGAAAGAGGUUAAAAUGUUCAU